AUGGCAUGGAUUCUACCGACUCCUACAAUAGAAAUAGGGACCAAUAUGGUCAAGAUGCCUACAAUAAGGACAGAGAUAGAAGCAAUCAGUUUGGUCCUGAUCCCUACGACAACAACCAAAAUGGUGCCUACGAUUACACUCCCUAUAGAAACCCAUUAGUUUAUGGCGGUGAAAAGAUCGAGCAUGCUGCCAUCAUCAAAGAAGCCACUUACUUUGUGGUAGCCUCAAAAAUGGUCAGACCAGGUCAAUUAUACAGAGUCUCUGUAACAGUUUUGAAAGAAAAACAACCUCUCAUAGUUAGAGCGUCGAUAUCGCGCAAUGGCGUUGAAAUGUCAACGGAUCAUAAGGACGUUAAAGAGGGUAUUCCUGAAACACUUUUGAUGCAAGUGCCUACUACUAGUGCCUCUGGAGAAUACAAACUUCGUGUAGAAGGAUUGUAUGAAGAUAUUUUAGAGGGCGUAGCGUUUUCUAACGAGACAAAAUUGACGUUUUCUCAAAGAUCCAUGACGAUUUUUAUACAGUUGGACAAGCCUGUGUAUAUGCAAGGAGAAACGGUUCGUUUUAGAACUAUCCCUAUUAACACUGAACUGAAAGCUUUCAAUGAUGCCAUAGAUGUUUAUAUGUUGGAUCCUAAUGGCCGAAUUUUGAAAAGGUGGCUCUCGCGACAGUCGAAUCUCGGCACUGUUAGCUUGGAUUACCAGCUCUCCGAUCAACCAGCUUUUGGAGAAUGGAAAAUCAGAGCAAUCGCUCAAGAAUCAAGAAGCGAAGAAUCCACUUUCAUGAUUGAAGAAUAUUACCAAACUAGAUUUGAAGUGAACGUUACCAUGCCAGCAUUUUUCCUAAACACUGAACCUUUUAUUACUGGUAUAGUAAUGGCGAAUUACACUAGUGGCGCUCCAGUACGUGGAAACUUAACUCUCAAAGCUUCGGUUAGACAUAUUAAGCCUAUUGAUGUUAAUAGAAUGCUGAAAAAGAACAGACCGAGACCUAUUGAGAGCAAUUUGUACAAUCCGUAUGGGCCAAAUGAUUUUUGGAAACCCGACGAUUAUCAUAGGAGGUUUGGUGAAGAUCCUUAUAAUAGGCAGAACUUUCCUUACGAUGGUAAUCUCAACAGGCAAAGACAGUUGGAUAAUUAUUAUGACAACUAUGAUCAAUACAAUAAGCCGGUCAUAGAAAAGUACUACAAUUUUCUUGAAGAGUUUCCGGCGUGGAUGCCGCCGAACCAGUACUGGGAAUCGGUACCAAGUUUAAAAUUUGUACGUGCUUCUUUUUAAUUUUUUUGGAGAUUUGCUGGAAUUCACGCCCAAUUUGGAUGGGAUGGAAAUUGUAAUCACUGCCACAGUUGGUGAUAGAUAUUUGGACGAAGUCAUUGAAGGUUAUUCCAUUGCAAGAAUAUUCAAUUCAUCGGUCAAAUUAAAAUUCUUGGGCGAAUCUCCUCAAGUCUUCAAGCCUGGCAUGCCCUUAACUACUUACCUAGUAGCCUCAUUCUAUCAUGGUUCCCCUCUCUCCGAAGAAAGCCUGGCAAAUAGUUUUAUGGAGGUAACAGCUUUUGUGGAAAAGCGUGGCGGUGGUAGAAUGGACUUACCUCCCAAAAAACUAUGGAUGAUGAGCGAACAGCCCGGUAUUUGGGAGUAUAAGAUGGACUUGAAAAGAGAGUUGGGCAUUUUCGGCCCAAGGGCCUUUGAAGAAUUAAGCCAACUGAGUACCUUGAGAAUACAGGCUACUUUUAGGGAUGAGUAUAUGAAUGAACAUGCUACAACUGAGUUGCUACUAUUAGCUCAUUAUAGUACCAACGAUCAGCAUAUUAAAGUGACCACUAGCACUUUAGCACCGAGAGUAGGGGAAUUUAUGAUUUUCCAUAUCAGAUCCAACUACUACAUUGACAAAUUCAACUAUAUUAUCAUAGCCAAAGGCAUAGUACUAGUGACAGGCGAUCAAGACAUGAACGAUUUUGUUAGUACCAUGUCUAUAGCUCUUAGUGCCGAAAUGGCUCCAGUAACCACCAUAGUUGUAUGGCAUUUGGGACGUUACAGAGACUUGGCAGUGGACAGUUUAACUUUUCCAGUGAACGGUAUUAGUCGGAAUAAGUUCAAAGUUAUGAUUAAUAAUAAAAAAGCAAGGACUGGGCAUAAAGUGGAAGUAGUGAUUUAGGGAGAACCUGGAUCUUAUGUGGGUCUGUCUGGAAUCGACCGGUCGUUCUACACAAUGCAGGCUGGUAACGAAUUGACUUAUGCCAAAGUUAUUACUAAAAUGAUGACGUUCGAUGAACAUAUUAAUGGUACUUUAAAACACGA